CGCCAUUCGACCUUCGUCUCAGCAUCAUCUUGCCGUCUCUCACAAGUCGUCGUCACCUUCGAUUGCAGCAUGUUCACAGGUCUGAUCGAGCAUCUCGGGACCGUAUCCUCAAUUGAGCGCGACGCCGGCGGGUGCACCUUGACCAUCGCGCAAUCUGCACCCAUCCUCACAGACUGCCACGUCGGGGACUCUAUUGCGGUGAACGGAGCAUGCUUGACUGCGACGGAAUUCGACAAAGAUGCGCAGGGAGGGUGGUUCAAAGUCUGGCUUGCGAACGAGACCCUUGACAGGACUGACCUUGGGGAACGAAAGGUGGGAGACCAAGUGAAUUUAGAGCGUGCAAUGGGCGCGCAGGUCCGGUUCGGAGGACAUUUCGUGCAGGCGCAUGUCGACACUACGGCGACCAUUGUCGACCGGAAACCGGAUGGCGAAUCCCUGCGCUUGCUCUUCCAACUCCCGGAGCCAACUCCCGAACGACCGUCGCUUCUGCCCUACAUCAUCCCGAAGGGCUACAUCGCGAUAGACGGUACAUCCCUCACCAUCACACAGGUCGACGACAGGCAGCGUACCUUUGGCGUUAUGCUGAUCACGCAUACGCAAGAGAAGAUCACGCUGAGCAAGAAGGCGGUCGGGUCGAAGGUCAACAUCGAGGUUGACAUGGUCGGUAAGUUUGUAGAGAAAAGUGUCCAUGCUGCUCUUUCUGGAGGCGGAAGUGAGGGUAUGAGGGCUAUGAUAGAGAGAGUAGUAGAAGAUGUAUUGACGAAGAAGGGUCUUGUGCAGUAAACCAUAUUCCUCAGCCUCCUCGGUUCAGGCAUGACUGGUAAUGUCGCUCGCACUGCUGCCUGAAAUGCACGUCC